ACUCCGUGAACACCAAAAACGCUGGACAGACCUUGCUGGUGGGAUUCAGGUCGUGGUUUUACAAGAGGACUACCAUGUUUAGUCUGGCGAGCCGCCAUCAGAUACUGGGGUCGGAGGGAGACAGCUUCUGAAACUGAACACCAGAAGAACUGAAAACCAGCCGCCAUAGCAUCAAAGGGCUUCUUGAAUGGUUUAAAUGGACUCUGGUGUGUUUGCUGGUGUGACUCAGGUCCCUUUUUGCCAGACUGGAUUUACUGGAAAUCUUCCAUCUUUAGUCAGCUGGAUUGACUGGUGUGAAACCGGAAAACUGAAAACCAGUUGCUGAUCAGACUGACAACAUCUGAGACCUGCUACAACAUUUAAAAAACUGUACACUUUUAAAUGGACUCAUUUUCACUCCUUUUUUAUCAGAGGCUAACUGGUGCUCAUGAAAUGUGUGUUUCUGAUUUUUAUUGUCACUUGUUUGUAUGUAGUCUUUUGCACAGAUUUCUAUUUAUGAUUUCACAAAUAAAAUGCAUCAUUCUUUUAUUACAUGUUUAUAUCGGAAUAUUAAUGAGUAUGUGAGAGGCUGCAGAUGAUUAAAGAAAUAGUUUGGCAUUUUGGGAACAAGACUAUUCUCCACAGUGUCAAACUUUGCUUCUGAAAACGUCAGUGAUGAAGGAACUGCUGACAGGAAGUGCAGGGUGCUGGACAGCGGCUAACAGGAAGCUAGCUUGUUGGAUCAGAUCACUCUGACUGAAUAGGAAGCAAACAAAAACCUCUUAGUUGAAGCCAGCAAAUGUGUUUUACCCCAUGUAAAUACUGGGAAUAACAAAUACUAGAACAUUCCAACAUUGCGUUCAAGCUUCUCAUCUGACCAAGCUUAGGAAACACUUGGGAUGUAAAAGCAGAACUGUUUCCUCAGGAGAUCUUUGUGUUGUGUGAUGAUGACGACUGCCUCCUGCUGCUGCAGCUGACACUGACCUGAGUUCAGCUCAAAUUGCACGGCUGAAAACACACGACUCAACAUGCUUGGGAUGAGGGCUGCUGAUUGGCUCGCGGUUCUGGCGUUCCUGCCGCUUGUUGCUCUUGCUUUUCAUCCAGACAUCUGCACCACCAAACCCAAAGACCUCCCUCUGGAGCCGCACUGUAUUUACCGCAAGCCUGACACAGCGGACCCAACUCAGGAGUCCCAGCCGGUCCCUGAGGACCCAACUCAGGAGACCCCGCCGGUCCCCGGGUCCACCAACCCCCGAGUGUGGGAGCUGUCGAAGGCCAACAGCCGCUUCGCCUUGUCACUGUACAGACAGCUGGCUUUCAGCAAGAGUCAUGAGUCCAACAUCUUCAUGUCCCCAGUCAGCAUCUCCACUGCAUUUGCCAUGACCAAACUGGGAGCCUGCAACCAGACGCUGCAACAGAUCAUGAAGGUGUUCGAGUUUGACACCAUCAAGGAGAAGACAUCGGACCAGGUCCACUUUUUCUUCGCCAAGCUGAACUGUCGUCUCUACAGGAAGAAGGACAAUACCACUGAGCUGGUUUCUGCCAACAGGCUAUUCGGAGAUAAGUCUUUGGCAUUCAAUGAGAUGUAUCAGAACAUCAGUGAGAUGGUGUACGGAGCCAAGCUGCUGCCACUCAACUUCAAGGAUAACCCAGAGAAAGCUCGGGUCACCAUCAACAACUGGAUCUCCAACAAGACGCAGAACCGGAUCCAGGACACUCUGCCACAGGGGGCACUGGACUCCACCACCAUCCUGGUCCUCGUCAAUACCAUCUACUUUAAGGGCCAGUGGAAGAACAAGUUCGACAAGAAUAACGUCUUUGUCUCAGACUUCCAUGUUGGCCCGAGUCGCCACUGCUCAGUGAACAUGAUGUACCAGGAGACCAAGUUCAGGUAUGGGUACUUUCCUAGCGACCAUGUCCAGGUCCUGGAGAUGCCAUAUCGCAGCAGCGACAUCACCAUGGUGAUCAUCCUGCCAAGCAGAGACACUGCACUCAGCGAGGUGGAGGAGAGUUUCCACCUGAAAAAACUGACCGAUUGGUUGAACGCGAUGGAAGAAACCACUGUGUCGGUCAACGUCCCUCGGUUCAGGGUGGAGGACAGUUUCAGCCUGAAGGAGAAGCUACAGGCCAUGGGACUGACCGACCUGUUCAGCCCUGAGAAGGCCAGCCUGCCAGGGAUCGUGGAGGACAGCAGUGAUGGUCUGUACGUCUCUGAUGCCUACCAUAAAGCCUUCCUGGAGGUGAAUGAAGAGGGCAGCGAGGCAUCAGCAGCCACCGCCGUUGUGGCAGUUGGACGCUCCAUCAACUUAAACCGGGAGGUGUUGCUGGCUGACCGGCCAUUCCUGUUGCUCAUCAGAGAGUCGAGCAUCAACGCCUUGCUGUUCAUGGGCCGUGUGGCCGAUCCCUGUGACCAGCAAAUGCCCCACAGAAUCUGAGCUCAGAAUCUCUGAGAUGUCAAAAACUAAAUCUGAAUUUUCUUGUACAACAACCCAGCUAACCUUUUACUUAAAAAGCACCUGUGCAGCCCUGUAAACUACUGGUACAAGGCCUGCAUCCUAUGUCAGUAGAGAAGUAUUGCCAACACAACAUAGUUCAAGUACACACACUAGUAAAAUGGCCCCCAUCGGUGCCAUGAUCAGAUUAUUGAUCCAGUCAUUUUACUGUUGGAGCCGCUCCAGGUAGAGCUGCUUUAGUCCAGUGGGUCCCAACCUAGGGGUCUGGCCCCUCCAAAGAGUCACCAGAUAAAUCUGAGGGAUCAUCACAUGAUUCAUGAGGGGGAAAAAGUUCUGAUUCACUAAUCUGUAGUUAGUUUUGUACAUUUUUUUUCUUAUUCUCUCUCCUUUAGUGAAACACUUGCAUACUCGUUCUUUGGAUUAUUAAAAUAAAACCAUC